AUGAUCCUGGUCUCCUCUCUUCUGCUACUGAGCCUCUGGCAUUUGGGUUACACGGCUGGCACACCACCUGGAAAAGAUUUUUACCCCAAACCCACUCUCAGUGCUAAACCUGGGCCUGUAUUGGCCCCAGGGGGAAACUUAACUUUGUUGUGCCAAGUGCCAGUUCCAGCCACAAGAUUCAUCUUGAACAAAGUGGGAGAGGUCCAACCAGUCCAGAUUCAGGAAUCCUCGGAGUUUGGAGCUGAGUUCCUCUUUGAAAGGGUGACCCCCACUCAUGGAGGCAGUUAUAGCUGCUGCUACCAGACUUCUUAUAACGUAUGGUCUCAGCCAAGUGACUCCGUGGAAGUGUGGGUGACAGACAUGUUACCAAAGCCCUGGCUCAUAGCAAUGCCAGGUCCCGUGGUGGUACCAGGCACCAAUGUGAGCCUGCGCUGCCAUGGCCCACUAGGGGGGAUGAGCUUUGCUCUUUAUCGUGUGGGCUUCCCAGGGCCCCUACAGUACCUCAGUUCCGCCCAGCCUUGGGCUGACUUUUCCCUUCAGGACUUCAUGGCUCCUGGAACCUACAGCUGUUACUACCAUACACCUUUUGCUCCAUACAUCUUGUCUAAGAGGAGUGACCCUUUGAUCAUCAGCUGGUCAGGUUCCACUCCCCAGGAUUAUACUACAGGCAACCUCAUUCGAAUGGUCCUGGCUGGACUGGUUCUCCUCACCCUGGGGACACUGGUGUUACUAGACUGGAACAGAGGAAGGGGCUGCCAAGACUGAACCUAGAGAUCCCCUUGAGCAACAGAGUUAAAGUAAAGACACUGGGUCUUGAGGUGUGGAAUGGGGUGACAUGACCUGGAGAUAUGAGGGUUCUUUGGAGAAGGAUGAAAAGGUAUUGUGGGAAAGCUUGAUGGGUUUAACUUGUAUUAUUGGGACUAGAAGCUAAAAUAAUGGAAUGGAAUGGAAUGGGCCUCUGCUGUUGGACUUAGAGGUUGGGAUAAAGGAUGGAAAAAUUUGCAAACUUUUCCAUCCUUCAUCACAAGGUGUGAUAAAUUCCUGACAGUCACAUGCUACAUUAUUACAAUUAAACAUCCACAUUUAUGUCCAUAUUGUAUUUUGAAUAUUCAAAGUUGUCUAUGUAUUUAUAUAUCUACUUUUUGUAUAUUCUAUGAUCUAGUAAUUUUCUUUCUGCAAGCAGAAAUAUAUGUGUAUAUAUAUAUGUAUGCAUAUAUAUAUACAUUUUAAAACAAACUAUAUAUCUAUCAUGAGUGAAUGACCGAACAAUGACAAUUCUCUAUAGCUAUCUAUCUGUGGGUUUUAAAAUUAGUAAUCAAUAACUAAGUAUUAUAUUUUAUAAAGUUUUAUUAAAAAUAACUAAAACAAAAGAACUACCUGACUUCAGCCUGAUUGCAGGUUCAAAAGAGAGAGUGAGGGAGGAGUUACAGCCACUGAAAUACAAUCAUGAAUAAUGUGGGGACACAGGAAAAUGGGGAAUAUUAAGGGACUUCUGGGGGAUGAAAUCCAAAGGCUCAAAAUCUCCAUUUAUACAUACAUAUCUAUCUAUCUAUCUAUCUAUCUAUCUAUCUAUCUAUCUAUCUAUCUAUCUAUAAUAAGUUCACAUUUUGGGACCAAAUAGAAUAAUUCAAUACCUUAAUCACUUAAAAUCUUAAACAUAGUAAUAACCAGUGGAUAUGAACUAGAUAUGAACUCUGACAAUUUUGUUCAAAAUUCAAGGUUCUUUCUACUAUAUUGUGUGGCCAGAGGGAAUAUAGCAAAUGCUAAACUACCUUCCCUUCUGUAAAAUUGAGAUUUGAAAUCUGGGCUAC